UGCGCGUCGUUACUCUGGAGCGGCUGCUAGGGGCUGUUUAUUUCGGUAUUUGUUGAGGUUUUGUAGCUGGGCCAAAAAGGGUGAUGUACAGCAAAGCGUAGAAGUGUUCCAGCAAAGAUGUGGAAGCAUCAAUGGUUUGUUGUCUUGAAAAAUGGCACCAGCCACUCCAAGAGGAGCAGGAGUAUGGAGACAAACCAGAGCUCUCUUAUUCAAGAACUGUCUUAUUAAGUGUAGGACUAAGAAAAGCAGUGUUCAGGAGGUCCUUUUCCCACUCUUUUUCUUGUUUUGGCUAAUUCUGAUGAGCAUGAUGCACCCGCACAGGAAGUACAGCGAGGCUGCCAACACCAACCUGGGCACGCUGGAUACCUCCAUGCUGGUGAAUUUUGUCAUCGGAUACACACCACCGACCAGGAUGGCACGAGAAAUCAUGAAGAAAGUGUCUUCUGAUAACUUUGAAGAUGGCAUCAUCACAGAGGAGUAUUUAAGUGAAGAGGAGCUGCAAGAGGCUAGUGCUUUUAAACCCUCCAACUUUGUGGGGGUAGUGUUCAACGAUGCCAUGUCCUACCAGCUGAGGUUUCCCGAUUCGGUCGCUAUGUCUUCCAUUUAUAUGGAAUCAAGAGCCAGUUGCUCCAACCUGCGGAAAGGAUGCGAAUCCGUGACAUACUGGAGCUCGGGAUUUACAGCUUUGCAAGCUUGCAUCGAUGCUGCAAUUAUACAGCUGAAGACUAAUCAGUCAGUUUGGGAACAACUUGAAUUGACGAGAGCGAUGGUCAUGGGAGAGGCUGCAGUGGUAGAAAUAGAUAAUUUUCCUCGUGCGAUCAUUUUGAUUUACCUAGUGAUCGCUUUCUCACCCUUUGGGUAUUAUUUGGCAAUUCAUAUUGUGGCAGAAAAGGAGAGGAAGUUGAAGGAAUUCUUAAAAAUAUUGGGACUUCAUGACACUGCCUUUUGGCUUUCCUGGGUGCUGCUCUACAUGAGCCUGAUUUUUGUCAUGUCCAUUCUUAUGGCAGUGAUUGCGACGGCCUCUUCCCUCUUUCCCCAGAGCAGUGCCUUUGUGAUAUUUCUCCUUUUUUUCCUGUAUGGAAUCUCUUCAGUUUUCUUUGCACUUAUGCUGACCCCUCUAUUUAAAAAGUCAAAGCACGUGGGGAUAGUGGAGUUCUUGGCCACGCUGGCGUUUGGGUUUGUGGGCCUUAAUAUUGUCCUGUUGGAAGAUUUCCCCAAGUCUUUCGUGUGGAUCCUCAGCCCCUUGUGUCAGUGCAGCUUCUUGAUUGGUGUCGCGCAGGUCAUGCAUCUAGAAGAUUAUGAAGAUGGUGCAACAUUUUCAAAUCUAAACAGUGGUCCUUAUCCACUCUUUAUCUCUCUUAUUUUAUUGGUGCUGGAUAGUAUAUUUUAUCUGCUUGUAGCUGUCUACCUUGAUCAGGUUAUCCCAGGGGAGUUUGGACUACGCCGCACGCCAUUUUUCUUUAUGAAGCCCUCGUUUUGGUCAAAGCGCAGAAAAAAUUAUAAGGAGUUGUACGAGAGCAGCAUCAAUGGCAGUUUAAGUUUCAGUGAGAUAGUCGAGCCUGUGCCUUCCGAAUUUCAGGGGAAAGAAGCCAUCAGAAUCAGCUGUGUUCAGAAAACAUUCAGGAAAAAGGGGGAAACUGUGGAGGCUCUCAGAAAUUUAUCCUUUGACAUCUAUGAAGGUCAGAUCACGGCUCUGCUUGGGCACAGUGGGACGGGGAAGACGACGCUGAUGAACAUCCUUUGUGGGCUGUGUCCACCGACGGACGGGUUUGUCUCCGUCUAUGGGCACAAAGUCUCCGAAAUCGAUGAAAUGCUUGAAGUGCGGCAGAUAACGGGGGUGUGCCCUCAGUCCGACAUACACUUUGAUAUAUUAACGGUGGAGGAGAAUCUCUCCAUAUUUGCUGCGAUUAAGGGAAUCCCUCAGAACGAUUUGAUACAAGAGGUGCAGAAGGUGUUGCUGGAUUUGGAUAUGCAGCCUAUCAGAGACAAUCAAGCUAAAAAAUUAAGCGGGGGGCAGAAAAGGCGACUGUCGGUGGGAGUUGCUGUUCUCGGGAACCCAAAGGUUUUACUGCUGGAUGAGCCGACGGCGGGUAUGGAUCCGUGUUCCCGGCACAUCGUCUGGAACCUCCUGAAAAACAGAAAAGCAAACUGUGUGACCGUUUUCAGUACCCACUUCAUGGACGAGGCGGAUAUCCUGGCCGAUCGUAAAGCUGUGAUUUCUCAAGGGAUGUUGAAAUGCCUUGGAUCUUCUCUCUUUCUCAAAAGCAAAUGGGGAAUUGGCUACCGCUUGAGCAUGCACAUCGAUGCCUACUGCAACACGGAAGCUACAACCUCGCUGAUAAGACAGCACAUACCUGCAGCCAGCCUGAUCCAGGAGAACGACGAGCAGCUCGUCUACACGCUGCCCCUCAGGGACAUGGACAAGUUUGCAGGCUUGUUUUCUGACCUCGACACUCAUUCCCACUUGGGUGUUAUCACCUAUGGCGUUUCCAUGACGACGCUGGAGGAUGUCUAUCUGAAGCUGGAAGUUGAGGCAGAGAUUGAUCAAGCAGAUUAUAGCGUGUUCAAUUCCCAGCAAACGCAGGAUGAAAUGGACACCAAAUCCCUUGACGAUAUGGAGCAGAGCCUCCUGAUGCUCUCCGAGACAAAGGCGUCGGUGAUGAGCAAUACAGCCCUCUGGAAGAAGCAGGUUUCCACCAUAGCAAAAGUUCAUUUCCUUAGUCUCAAGCGGGAAAAUAAAUGUGUGAGAGUUAUGUUGUUGCUUUUUCUGAUUUUCCUUGUAGUUCAGAUUUUAUUGUUUUUCAUACACCACAUCAUCAAAAAUUCUGUAGCUGCUAUCAAACUUUCCCCAGAUUUGUACUUGCUGAAGCCUGGAGAGGACUAUCACAAGUACAGGAGUCGCCUCCUGCUGCAGAACUCCACAGAAUCAGAUAUCGAUGACAUUGUCCGUUCUCUUGGGAGCAUGAACAUACUCUUGGAGAUGUUCAAUGACAGUGAUUACGUCUCAGCUGCACCUCACAGUGCAGCUUUAAAUGUGUUUGACCUUGAAUCCAGACAGAACUAUGUUUUCACGAUCAUAUUCAACAGUACCAUGGUGCAUUCCCUGCCCGUUUUGAUGAAUAUUGUCAGCAAUCUGCUCCUGCGCAAUUUAAACGUGACAGAGAGCAUCCAAAUCUGGAGCAACCCCUUCAUUCAGAAUCUUCCAGACACAAUUUUCAGACUGGAGAUCUAUUUUGAAGCCGUGUUACUGGGAAUCAUUAUUACAGGAAUGCCGCCCUAUUUUGCCAUGGACAAUGCAGAAAACCAUAAGAUCAAAGCGUACACGCAGCUGAAGAUUGCGGGGCUUUAUCCUUCUGCUUACUGGACUGGACAAGCUGUUGUCGACCUCCCGCUGUUCUUCUCCAUCCUUGUCCUGAUGAUAGGCAGCCUCUUCGCCUUUCACUACGGCGUUUAUUUCUACGUGGGCAAGUUCCUUGCUGUGAUUUUUUGCCUGAUUGGUUAUGUCCCAUCAGUCGUGCUCUUCACUUACGUGGUCUCCUUCACGUUUAGAAAAGUCCAGAAUACAAAAGAAUUUUGGUCGUUUAUAUUUUCAGUGACAGCCUUGCUCUGUACGGUUGUCACUGAAGUGGCCUUUUUUCUGGACUAUUACCUGGUAACCACCAUCCUGCAUUAUGUCUUCUCCAUCUUCAUUCCUAUUUACCCUCUUAUUGGCUGUCUGAUUUGUUUUAUAAAGGUCUCAUGGAAAGGCAAGCGGAAGAACGGAGGAUACUACGACCCGUGGGACCGGCUCCUGGUAGCAGUUAUAGCUCCCUAUUUGCAGUGUGUCAUGUGGCUCUUCCUGCUGCGAUGCUUUGAGCUGAAAAAUGGAGGGAGGACAGUUAGAGAGGAUCCGUUUUUCAGAAAAUGUUUUACAAAAGCCAAAACCUGGAAGUUUCCAGAUGUCUCGCGUGACGAGAACGAAGAUGAAGACGUGAAGGCGGAGAGGCUGCGAGUACAAGAAAUACUGAGUGGCCCCAAAAGUGAGGAGGUGCCAGCAAUCCUGGUCAGCAGCUUGCACAAAGAGUUUGAUGAAAGAAAGGAAUUUCUUCUGGGGAGAAAAAUAAAGAAAGUGGCAACAAAACAUGUUUCUCUCUGUGUAAAAAAAGGAGAAAUACUGGGUUUGUUAGGACCCAACGGAGCUGGGAAAAGCACAUUAAUUAAUAUGCUCGUUGGAGAGAUUGAGCCAACCAGUGGGCAAGUUCUGAUGGGAGAUGGUUCUUUUGGCCUGAACAGCGAAGGUGACUCAGUGAAAUUUGUGGGGUACUGUCCUCAAACGAAUCCACUCUGGCCAGAUAUUACCUUGCAGGAGCACUUCGAAAUUUAUGGUGCUAUCAAAGGAAUGAGUCAGUCUGAUGUUAAGGAAGUCAUAAAACGCAUCGCGAGUGCCCUGGAUUUAAAAGACCAUCUGCAGAAGACCACGAAGAAGCUGGGUGUCGGGCUGAAACGCAAGCUCUGCUUUGCCCUGAGUAUGCUGGGCAACCCGCGGGUCACGUUGUUGGAUGAACCAUCAACCGGGAUGGAUCCAAAAGCCAAGCAGCACAUGUGGCGGGCAAUUCGAGCAGCAUUUAAAAAUAAGGAGAGAGCAGCUAUCCUGACCACUCACUACAUGGAAGAGGCGGAUGCUGUCUGUGACCGUGUGGCCAUCUUGGUGUCUGGACAGCUCAGAUGUAUAGGUACUGUCCAACACCUGAAGAGUAAGUUUGGCAGAGGAUACUUCCUGGAAAUGAAAUUAAAAGAAACAGCAGAUGUACAGCAGGUUGAGUAUCUGCAGAGCCAGAUUUUGCACAUCUUCCCAAACGCAAAUCGUCAGGAAAGUUUUGCUUCUAUUUUGGCAUAUAAAAUUCCUAAAGAAGAUGUACAGUCCCUUUCACAUUCUUUUUCCAAGCUGGAAGAAGUAAAACACGCCUUCAACAUCGAGGAGUACAGCUUUUCUCAGGCAACGCUGGAACAGGUUUUUGUGGAGCUUGCUAAAGAGCAGGAGGAGGACGACAGCAGCUUCGGCACCCUGAACAGCACGCUGUGGUGGGAGAGGACGCAGGAAGACCGAGUUGUCUUCUGAGCUCCUUCACAGUCCACAUCUGCUCAGCAGCUCCUGGUUUGUGCCGGCGAUGAUCCUCUGCGCCCACGUUGGGGCGGGUGCCUGGAAAAUGUCAGAGCUGGGACGGACAAGGAAAACCCUGUUUGGAAACACUGAGCGGGUUCCACCAUCCUGGCCUUAGGAAAUAACGCCACGAGGGCGGUGAGCGUCCCCACUGUCACUCUGGCUGAUCUGAAAUCCCUUCUCCCCUCGCUGUUUCCCAGUUUGUGUUGAGCGAGAAGACGCCGCCGCGACAGCCGGUUGUCUCCUGGCGUUGGUGGUUUGUGCGGGAACCCCUGCCUGCCCUCCUCCCUCGGCGGUGCCUCGCCGGCAUCGGGGCCGCCUGCCUGAGCUUGGGAUGUUCUUACUCUGCAAACUGGGUGCUUGAGCAAAACCAGUGGCCACUGGAACAUCACCACCCCGUGGGAGCCACUGGUGGGUUCUCCGGGCUUUGCCGUGCCCCGUGCCCUCGCCUGGGCGUUGCAGCCUGACCAGGUGCCCUGCAGAGACGUGUCCCUGCGAGGUCCCACUGCCCCGCCGGCUGCUCCCACCCUGCUCACGCGUAGAAGAUGCACCUGCUUAGAGGAGAGGGGAAGAACCACUCCAACGGAACCGUACUCGCUGCAGAGAGGGUCCUGAAUUCCACUACGAGCUUAGCUUGGUGUCCAGCCCCUGUGAAAACGUUCACUCACAGAUACAACACAGCACUCGUGGACACUGUUAUUCGUUUCUACUGUGAGGGGGCAGAUGUGCUGUCCUGGGUGGCAUUGGUGUUUGUAAUGCAUGCACUGUAGGGUCAGAGGGGGUGUGCACAAGUGGAUGCUUUGCUUGGUAAAAGUACAAAGACAUUAACCGUAGUUACGGGGUUUGCAGAGAUGUGAGUAUUUCUUGUCUUCAUUAAAACCAGUCCGAUUCUUUUGUUGGGUGUAACAACAUGUAUCCUGCCAGCUGCUUUUAGAGACAGUCCUUGCUAGAUGUUCUCAUUUUUCUUGUCAGUGAAUUCAUAACUACACACAAUAGUAUUUCCUAAUCCAUCUUUGCUGUGAUCGCAGUAAUGCAGUAGUGUACUCAGCACAGGAAUGUUUGCUUUGUCCUGGCCUGGCAAUUUUUCAUUCACCUUCUGUUAAACCCAAAAGAAAAAGAUCCCAAUUUACAACCUCAUCAGUAGGAAUGGUGCCUUUUGUUUGCAUAGAAACAGUAAGAAAAGCAGAAUAUCUGAUCCUUUAUCCUAAGGUAUUGACAGAUGUAUGUGGAAAAUAUUUUUUUGUGUUUUCUACACAAAGCUAUUGUCACUUUUUUUUUAGUUUUAUAAGGUGAAAUUAAAGAGUGCUAACAGCUCAUUGUGUUUCGCAAUGAGCAAAUACAGAGAUGCAUUUAUAUUGAGACAUUGGCUUCAUAAGUCAUAUCGAUUAUGUAUCUUCACAUUAAAGUUAGAAAAGACCUUUGUUUUUCUUGCAAAAACUGAAGGAAAAAAAAAAUGGAUUAAGGUGGAGUUGUGUGUCCCAACUGUUUGCGAUUAUCAGGCAAUAAUGGCUGUAACAUGUCUGAUAAUGGUUUAGCACAUCACGUUGAGCUUAAAAUCCGUUUUCCUUAUUUUCUUACUGUACUACGAGGAGAUGUGAACUCUUUUGCUUCCUCUUUCGUACCUGUAGAUUGCAUACAAACGUAGAGCUUUUGGAGAUAAAAUUUGAGCCCAAGAACUGCAGAAACACCUGAAUGUGCCGUUGCUUCCCCAGGGUGCAUCUGCCCCCUUUUGACGAGCCCUGAGCCGUGGUACUUGCCUGUGCCCUGAUCUCCUGUGCUGGAAGAAAAACAGAGGUGAAGAAUGGGAUUAAAGCACCAGCCUCUAAACUGCAGCCCCAGUAGCAGUCUUUCCAGGGCUGAAGCUUCUCUGUAAGAAAACAAAAACGAUCCAAAUUCAGCUCUUUUGUUUAUGCAGCCUUAUAUUUCGCCCCUGGGAACCCCCAACCCCUUGAUCCCAGCUGCAUCCCUGUUGCUGGCCAGUAUCUGAACAUUUUCCUUUAUUUGGAGCAAAGGUGGGACCCAGAAAUUCGUCUCAUGAUACUUUCCCAUGUGUGCGUGUACAAGUUAAGUGCGUCUUCUCCAAAUCCCACAUUUCUUACAUCCGUCUCUCUUUGUAAAUGGUGUUUCAGCUGAGUGUCAUCUGCAUGUAUGUCCAGCAACGUACAGCACACUCUUUUCACCCGAACUGAUGAAGGUACAGUUGCGACCUUGAUGUCUUCUUUUUAUUUUUUUUCUUACUUAGAGUCAGUAGUCUGUAAAAUAGUUCUGUACUGUCCGGAUGGCAUCACCCUAUUUCAAAUUAAUUUCUUGUUUUCUGACAUUUCAGAUGGGUCGUGUGAAAACUUCCAUUAGUUUUGCUCGGUUUGGUACUGUUCUUGUUGACCGUUCUUGUUUCCCCUGGAGUAAUCCAGUUGGUGGUGGCACUGUAUUUAUGCAGCUACACGUACAAAGAAGUUGGCUGGUUCCCUGAGCAUUUGGGUGGGAUCUCUUUGGUGUGGUGACAUUGUGUGUCAGUGUGGCGUAAGAUGCGCCCCCAGAACAUCGCUAAUCGUCGUGUGUUGUAUCAGAAGUCUUUCAGAGUGUCAUACAAUGUCCGUAAUUGCCAGAAUAGGGAAAAACACAUGCAAAAUGAAACCAGAGAAUCCCCUAGAAACUGAGAGCUUUAUUCCUGCAGUUUUAAGUCUCUUUUGUUCGGCUGUUAUCAGUGACAUGCCAAAUCCCAGCCGUACAAUACACACACCCGGUUUGUGCUCUAGGAGGGAAAAGAGAGAUGAAGCAGCUGGACUGGGGCUGAUUGUGGGACUUGGGGGCAAAUCCAUUCAGUUUGUGCCACCCUUCCCAGGUGUAAUGGUUUUGGUUACCUUGCAGGGUGGUUGUGAGAAGUGUUUAGCUAGUAUAUCCAAAACCUGGAAGAUGCAUUUACUUUGUGGUGUUAUUACAAGGUUGUAUUUUUCUAUGGAGGAAUUUAAUGUGUCCGGUUUUGUUUACAUUAUUAAGAAAAACCCUUAUUUAAAAAAAAAAAAUAUAUGUGUAGUUGAGUGAAGUCUGUUGUGUAGCCGACAUCCAGUACUCUGGCAGCAGAAACGGAAGAUAUUGGGUCUGAAGGUGGCACGUUUGUAAACGCUUCUCCUGAUGCUGCCAUCAGGCACUUUGAAUCAUUUGCCAUUUAUUUUAUACACCUGUCUGUCUUUUAUGACUUUGCUGUAUUUGUAAAGUCGAGGUUUGUUGUUUUUUUUUUUUUUUCCUUUUCCAGCAGAACAUACUACCAAAAUAAAGAUGGAUUGGAUUGUUAA